AUAGAACCAAUUUGUUGGGAACAAUGAGUUCAUAUAUGGUUCUUAAAAGAAGUCAACAAAUUAAGAUAGUUCAACGCUAACGAUUCAACGGAAUAUCUCAAAACUCGAGUGUAGAGAAAUAUAAUUAAGUAACUGAAGCCAGCUUGAAAGCAAUAAAGAGAAAAAAAUAUUGAAACAUUGUUCUACGCAAGGUAAAAUAAAAUUGAAUCCUCUAUAAAGAAGCGCAACUAGGCUUACCUCGAUCCGAGGCUUUAAUAAUACAGACAGUAAAGAUAGUGAGUUAUCUAUAAAUCUCUAAAUAAACAUGGCACAGUACGGUGGUGGCGCACCAAAUCCCUUCGGUGCUGGUGGCGGCGGUGGUGGCUAUGAACAACAGCCAAGCUAUGGUGGCGGUUAUGGACAACAGAUGGGCGGUUACGAUCAAACAGGUGGUGGUUAUGAUCAAAGCGGUGCAGGUUACGACCAAACUGGCGGUUAUGGUAAUCAGGGUGGUGCCGCUUACGGUGGUGGUAUGCCGAAUGCAGGUGGAGUGCCACAACAACCCUAUGGUAUGGCGGCACGUCCACGUGUCGAUGUGGAGGCUACGGGUGAGGUGGAUCCAACGCUCUAUCCUGAAGCUAAAGAGUCAACGCACAAAAUACGCGGCCACGCUGAUAUUAUUGAAAUGCUUUUUGGGCCCACCGAACACGAGCUCAUACCGGUGAAGGCUUUCUAUUUCUUCUUCUUCGCCGCUUUCGGUUCGCUCUUUCCACUAAUGGGUGUCUACUUCAAACAGAUGGGCAUGAAUCCUGGGCAGUGUGGUAUAUUGAUUGGUAUGCGUCCAUUUGUGGAGUUUCUGUCGGCACCCUUUUGGGGGUCCUAUGCGGAUCGCUGCCGUCAGGGCAAGAAAUUGUUGCUGGCCUCACUCGCCUGUUGGGUCCUAUUUACAAUACCUUUGAGCUUCAUCAAGCCGGAGGCCGUGAAUUGCAUCGAACGUAAGAAUGAAACCGAUUUCGUAUUGACUUUGACACGCACCAAACGUGACCUCUCCGCAUAUGAUAUGAGCGACAUGAACAAGGAUGAAGUGGAGAGUUUCCAUUCUCAAGCAGCUUUACAUGACGCACUGACAAUGCCAGCAAGUGAGGCCAUGCAGGAAUCGCAUAGGAGACGCAAACGUUCGUUGAUACCACGCAUUGACGCCGGCAUCUCGCCCAUACACAUCAACUUCGUCAGCAAUUACGACGACAAAACGCAUCGUGACUAUGUUAGCCCUAUAUUCUCGUCAAUGGUCUAUCGCACGCCAGACAUACAAAAAGCUUUCUUCCUGCUCUUACUCGUCAUACUUAUUGGUGAAUUCUUCAGCGCUCCCGCCAUUACGCUCGCUGACUCUGCUGUCAUAACACUGCUCGGCGACGAUGCCGAUAAAUACGGGCAUCAGCGUAUGUUCGGCUCACUCGGUUGGGGUAUUUCUAUGUUCGUUGUCGGUAUUGUGCUUGAUCAUUCGACUCGGUUCUCACAUCAUCCCUGCGGUGCAGGGCAUAUGGAGAAGAACUACAACAUCUGUUUUGCCAUAUUUUCGAUAUUGAUGACUUGCGCUAUCGUUUCGGCAUCAAAAAUCACUUUCAAAUAUGACCCAAUCGAUAUUGAACAGCCCGCUGAGAAUCCAGAUGCCACAGCUAAUAAACAAGCCGAGGAUGAGAGCAUGGCUGAGUUGGCAGCACAACUGAAUUUACCCACGCUGGCGAUGGGUAGCGGCUCGGCGGUGGUGGGCAAGGCACCACAGGCCGCUGUAGGCGCACAGUCGACCAUGUUUGCACAAACCACUAAGGAAAUGCCCGAAUGGCUGACUGUGUUGACACAUUUUAAGGAUAUGAAGACUAUUUCGUUUCUAUUCGUCGCUUGGUUUAUGGGUUUCGGUAUUGGUUUGAUAUUUACCUUCCUCUUUUGGCAUCUACAAGAUUACGGUGGUACUCCAACACUUUUCGGUGUUGCCUCCGUGAUUAAUCACGUCUCUGAGAUCUUCGCUUACUUCUACAGCUUCCGUUUUAUCGCACAAAUCGGUCACAUAAAGGUGUUGUGCUUGGGUUUAAUCGGCAAUGUGGUGCGAUUUUUGUACAUCUCAUAUGCGACCAAUCCGUGGAUGGUGUUACCCUUCGAACUGAUGCAGGGCAUUACACAUGCCGCCGUCUGGGCCGCUUCCUGCUCGUAUAUCGCGCACUGCACACCCAAACAUCUGCGAGCUUCAGCACAGGGCGUUCUUCAGGGUAUACAUCAUGGUUUGGGACGCGGUUGCGGCGCGAUUAUUGGUGGUAUGUUCGUUACAUACUACGGCACUACGAAAACAUUCCGUGGUUAUGGGCUGGCUUGCCUCGUCGUACUGGGUGUUUUCAUCUUCGUGAACUUCUAUCGCAAGGAUCAGGGCUUUAUCUCCGACUUGCCAGCAACGGAGGAUCCCCGUCAGGUAGCGGAAGAGACCUCACAUCUAGCGCCACAUGGUGUGCCAAGUAAUCCCAUACCGCGUGCGCUCUCCAAUGCACGUCUGAAUGAAAUGAAUCCAAAUGGUAGCACUGGCAAUAGCUACGGCACCUAUCAGACUUCGGGCGGUAAUCUUGAUAUACCUGGCGCAAAUCCACACAAUCCCUUCGCGCAAUAAAUUGGUUAAAAUGAAAUUGAGAAAAAACGGGAAUGUAAUUGUAUGGUCGAAAGUGUCAGAUUGGAGGCGUGAAAAGUGGGUAUUUUUAGCUGAUUUUGCAUUUACAUAUGUCUGCAUAUAUAUGUUUUUUUGGUUAUGAGUUUCAUGAACAGUUUUCAACCGAUCUAUUUGUAUAGUUUAUAAAUACGUAAGUAUAUUGGUAGAGAAAUAUUGUUAAUAAAUCUAAACGUAUUAUUAAUAAGGUACAAUAGUUAUAGUGGGGAGCGCAUAUUUGAUUUGUAAUCUAAAGUAAUUGAAUACUUAAUUAUUAUAACAACUUUGAGUACAAUUUAUUUCUAAUUAAAGUUAUUACUAUUAUUCAAUAUAUUCGUUUGUUGCAUAGAUUACCAUUACAACAUUACAACGUUACUUAUAAUUACUCUUGGUAUUAUUCGUAAUUAUGUAAUGUCGUUACUCAACAAUUUUUUGUAAUAAUUGGAUUUGGUAAUUACAUUAUCAGUACCAAUAUCAUAAGGAUUACAAUGCAGACGAUAGCGAUUCAAAAAGAAUUUUGUAAAAUAUUUAAAUGUUUUAUUAAAAUUUAAUUAUUUGUAAUUCAAUACCAUUACCAUUACAACCAUUACCACUAAAAUACUGUUACAGUUAAUUUAUUAUAUUUUAAUUGUUCUAUUAUUUUACAAUAUAUUUCCAAUAUAUUUAUUUUUAUGCUA